AUGUUUUUCCUAAUUGCAUCUGUCUUAUGUCUCUGGUGGGUUGCCUCCAGGGUGUUCUCGGAUCCCCUCAAAGCUAUUGAAGCAGCCCCAGGAUCCACGGUGUUUCCUCACAUAGGGAGUAUCGUCCGAAUUGGCCCAAAGGAAGUCUCCUUCUCCACGUCCACCGCAUACCACGCGAUCUACGAUCAGCCGGAGGAGCGAUUCCCCAGUAACGGAUCCUACGGAGCGCAGGCAAUCUACCUCUUCCUGGGACGAGCCAAUAUCUUCACCGUCAACGACGAGAUCGCGCAUCGCAAGCUGAGAAAGAAUGUCCAGUCGGCGCUGGCGAAGGUUCGCCCGCAGGAGGACGGGAUUAACAUGCGUUUCCUCAAGCAACUGGAGGCAAAGAUUGAUGCAGCUUGCGAGAGUGGCGAGCCGAUCGACCUUACGACAAUGCUUAGUGAGAUGACCUGGGAGAUUGUCGGAGGACGGUACUUUCUUGAGCCUAUUGGGUUUGAUGCGAAGAAAAAAAUUGAUCAGUAUAAGGUCUUUGGUCCCUGGUUGGGGCCUGCUCUCGAGAUUCUGCUGAUGGGACUAAACAUGCCGAUUUUGAGUUCUGUUAUCAUAAUGGUUAUCAGAGCUUUUGCCAAGUUGACGUUUCUGCUAAAUGCAGAUAGCUUGAAUCCUGAUGAGGCGAUUCGCCGAUUCGUGAUCACGCAGGACAAAAGCCAAGAGACCGUUGCAAACUACGUCACGGGUGAUAUGCCUGGGAAUAACACCUGUCAGCACCUCAGCAAGAACGAACUACUGAUCAAUAUGGUGACACUGGUUUUUGCAAACUACCUGACGCUUUCGGAAUUCCUUCCCUCCUGCUUCAGUCUCAUGCUGCGUGAAAAAGGCCAGCAAGAGCUUCUCCAACAGGAACUCGACAGCACAUUCAGUGACACCGAAUCCAUGACCGAGAAUGCCCUCAAGCAACUCCCAUUCUUGAACGCCUGCAUCAAAGAAGCCCUCCGCAUGGCCCCUACAAUCAACACCCGAUUCCUCUCCCGCACCUCCCCGGGCACGGAAAUCGACGGCGUAUACAUUCCCAGCGGCGUCAAAAUCUCCGUCGACACAUACUCAAUGCAACGCAAUCCCGCCUACUGGAAGAACCCGGACACCUUCUACCCUCAGCGAUGGUGCGACCCGACCAGCACUGACAAUCAUGAAGCCUGGCGGCCUUUCUCCAGCGGCAGGCAUGUGUGUCCUGGAGCGGACUAUGCCAAUCGUGUCUCGCAGCUGGUGUUGGGCAGACUGGCGUAUAAGUAUUCGUUCCGACUGGCGGAUCCGAAUUUUGAGUUUGAGCAGCGCGCGCUGUCGGGCAUGCUUUGGUCUUAUCCUAAGGCUAUUGUGUAUGUAGAGAAGAGGCGUUAG